AACUUCGAAACAUUCUUAAUUCUUUUUCCAAACUACUUGACAACUUGUUAAUAAAUUUAGAGUUGAAAAGAUCCUAGGAAAAAGGGAAACACAAACUGUGAAUUUAAUCGUCACUGACCUAGUGGUAGAACUAAAUCUCUAAAAAUGACGUAGUCUUUAUUGAUUGACUGAUUGAUUGUAUAUUGUUUAACGUCCCUCUCGAGAAUAUUUCACUCAUAUGGAGAUGUCACCAAUGCCGGUGACGUAGUCUUUGAAAAUCUUACUUCUGAACUUCAACCUCAAGACGUCAAUAUAGUUAGUGUCAAUGACAUCUUUAGGGGUAGGGGUAUGAAAAAGUGCAUUCCAUGAUCACUGGCCUAGCUGCUACACAAUAAUGAAUAAAUGUUCGAAGGUUAUACUUGACACAAAGAUUAUUUCUGACAAUGUACCAUAUCGAAACUCUAAACCAAGAUAAUUUGGCCAUGAUGAAGUGCACCAGUAAAACAUUGUAAUUUCUGUCUUAAAUUUACGUCACUCUUAGUAUACAACUUUCAAAGACACUUUAUGGCAUCUUUUGUAACCAAGAUUAGUAUAUGAUUACGAAGGAUAUAAAUUAUAUUUUACUGUGUAUAGGAAAUGAAAAGUUGAUUUCGGAAAAAGCAAAACAUGCCUUCGUGUUCAUUAUUGUUUAAUUUCCGGUUUACUUUAUAAACAAACUCGUAUAAGCCCAAGAUGAAUGACAAUGAAAAUGCUAUAUUUCAUAGUAUAUAAUCUUUUUUUUGAUUGAUGAUUUCAAAGUUUCUAUAUUUAGGAAUAAAAUAUGUUUUCCAUGAUUUAACAUCCCCCAUCAUCCAAAUGGAAUCUGAAUUAAAUAUCGUUACAUGCAGAAUGUGGUUCUUUCUCCAUCAAAGUAUGUAUACUUCCUGUAACUCUUUAGACCAAGACAAAGCAAUUAAAUUCAACGUGAUCAUUAUUAUUUCAUUAAUGCACAUAUACAAUAGGAUGUCUAUUUACAACUCUACUUUCUUUCCCACGAAGUUCAGGGGAACUGCAUACUUAAUGUAUAGGAGAACCAAUUAUGUUACAUAUAAUGGUCUGCUAAAAUCCAUUACGCCUCAAUGAGUGAAAAAUCAACAUAUCAUUUACAAAGCAUAUAUUUAGUAUACAUAUAGUAUACAUAUUAUCUGAUCAUUGUUUUAUUGUAAGGCAGUGCUCUUGUUGUAUAAAAUGAUAAACGGUUUAGGAAUUGAAGCUACGAACGUCUUAGUACAUCAAUUAGUUCUCAUUGAUUGAAGGAUAUCCAUCAAGAAUGUUUAAUUAUUAUGUUUAGGAUUUUGUAAGUAAAACUAUGCACAGCUAGCUAAUAAUAUUGGAAUACUGGUAUCAAUUCAAUACAUUUUAUCACGGCGUUUUUGGAAAAUAACUUUACUACAUAGAAAUGCGUUCUUUUCACAAAUAUAGGGAAUCACCCUAAACAAAGAAAAUAACAUCUAUUACAAAAAUUAAGUUGCAGUUAGUAUGAUGAAAGUCAUUACCAGGAAAUUCAAAUACGACAUGAAAUUAAAGCCACUUCAAUGAACAAAUUUUGUCAGUAUUUGAAAUUUACAUCUACCACUCGGUUGAUAAACCGUUAAAUGUUUCGUUGUGAGAGUGUAUUUUUAUCAAUGCUAUCCAUGGAGAGGACCUCCUCUGUGUAUCGUGUAUUGUUACUGAUCGUCUUCAUUGUUUGUCUGGCACUUCCUGUUCACACACAGAAUCAUGUAAGUUGUUUCUCGUUUAUUCAUACCGAUAACAAUAUCCCCAUGACGUUAGAGGAUAAUUGUUUUCAAAUCAGCAAUAGGAAAGUAAACACUAUGUACACAGGUAUAUUUUUAUACAUGGGGAAGUCAUCAUGCACAUACAAAGACACGCAAUUGGAAGAAAUCAAAAAGUAUAUUGUUCAGGACUCCCACCAGCGGUCAUUGUGCAGAACAAUGAUGACGAUGUCCAUCAAUACAAAACAAUGCAAAGAAACCAUCGAUAAAUUACAGCAUAUCUGCAAACAACCAAAAUCAAUUUAUUUUCAAGAUUGUUUCCCUGUCAACUGUUCAAGUACCAGUGAGAACAUAAUUAAUGAGACUGAAUCGAUAAUUAUGUCCGGAUUUCCCGAGCCAAAGAUGGUCGAUGUUGGAAAAGAUGUUUACGAAAUUCCUACAUCGUAUUGCAACAUGAAACAAUGUAAAGUAGAGAACUACUUUACGGGAGAAAUAAAGAGAGGGAUUCCAAAGAAUGAUAGCACAGAACCAUCCAGACAAAAGAAGUGUAUGUUUUACGCCAUUGGAAGUGCGGGUGGCGGAUUGCUUGUUGGAAUUCUAUCGUCAUCCAUUGUAUGCGUCCUCGUCAACAAAUGUAAACGAAACUACAGAAAUGUGGGCAAUGUAUCCUUUUCCACUCAAAAUGUUCUCCUAUUAACUGAGACGGAACGGAAAACAUCGAUUCACUCCAAAGAGGGAGAGCCUGUGUAUCACGACAUCACCAACAUCCCGGGUCACUCAAAAGCUAAAGCUAUUGUACAUAACGUCUGCAAUGCAUUUUCCGACGAUCAACCCGAGCAGCGUUAUAGUGAAAGUCCAAAAAGUAGUUUAAGUACGUAUGAGAACGGAAGCACAUCGUCACAACUAUCACCAAAUAAUGCAGAAAGGGGAUCUAAAGAAUCAGUGAAUGGUGAAAACUCUGAGGUUUAUCACACCUUGAACAGGGAUUAUAAGGACAAUUCUAGGAAUCUGGACGUUUUCAGUUGUGUAACGACAGUUGCGAAAGAUCCCGAAAGCUACAAGAAGUCAGAAACAGUUCUGGAUACUAAGAGUAAACAAUAUUCAACAUACGAAAGUCCUGUGCAAAUGAGUCAUCUCAAAAGAAUUCAAACUGACAAACCUGAAUCAAUUGAUUUAUUUGAUGAUAGAGUGGAAAAAUUUCAAGAUGUAAAAGUCACUUUAGAAGAUUCACCCCAGGUGUACCACACUCUUCAGAAAGAGGAAGGUUGUGAUGCCGAGAAAAUGGUCACGUACACAGACAGCGAUUAGGACAUUCAUGAUCAGUCAGUUGAUUCAAAUAGUACUGUUUCUCAAAUGAAAUAGUAUGCAAUUUCAAUAACGUUACGAAACGGACAAAUCUUCUCGCUGAUUUAUUAUGCCCUCUGAGAUUACGAGAAUUCAUUCAUCCAUGAAAAUUGUAUAAUGUAUCACAUGUAGUCCCCGAGGGUCUCUACAGCCCAGCAGCUAAGUACUUCGUUACUAGCUUAAAAAUAAGGAUGUAUAUUUAAUUGCUGUUAUAAAAUUUAGAAAUUCAUUUCAAAAUUAAGGAUUAUCUCCCUCAUGCAUAGCUCUUAUCUUUGGACGAAUUUGGCUCCACUUUUUGGCACGCUGUAUUUAGCUAUAUUUAGCUCUAAAACUUCCUAGUUAUUUCGGAUUUCAAAAAUUUCGGUUGAGCAUCACUAAAGAGACAUUAUUUGUCGAAAUGCGCAUCUGGUGCAUCAAAAUUGGUACCGUAUAAGUUUUACAUGUACCACAUAUGUGAUACAACACACAAGUUUUAUGCAUUAAUAAAUUUUGGCAGUAGAAAUAUCAGUAAUUUUCAGAAGUGAUCAGCAUUGACAACACAAUACAGUGAUUAUCGGCAAUUAUCAGGAAAAAAUGACACUGUCCGUACAUUUUCCAUCCAGUAGUGUAAAUGGAUACACAGGGAUUCAUGGACACUACUACAGAAGUAAAUGCAGUUUGUAUUUCAUUUUAUCUUUUAUUUGAUUUUGAUUUGUUGAUGUCCAAUCUUUUAUGUACAAUAUUGGUUUUAUAUGUCUUUAUAAUUUGACAAUGCAUUGAAUAUUUUA